AUGAAUUUAGGCAGAGACAACUUAAUAGGCCAACAGAUUACUUUUGACUCUGGGCCACUAGAAAUCCUCUCUAUCCUUCACAAGACCUCGGGCUCUAACAUUCUCCUUGGAAAAGAUCUUCAGAACAACCAAUUCGUCAUCAAGCACAUCCCAUUCUACAUGUCCCACUUCCAAGAAAUGUACUACCGCGAGUUCACCAACCUCUGCAUCGUUGGAAACCACCCUAAUAUCCUCAAUCUGCUUGAAAAAACCAUCGCUCAAGGCAGCACACAGUACGGCGCCAUCAAAUUUGAGUAUUGUCAGAAAGGAAACUUAUAUGACCUUAUGCAAAACCAUGACCUAAACGAAGACCAGAUUCUUUUUAUACUAAAAGACUUAUUGUCAGCCAUUAUAAAGCUGCAGGACAGCGGAAUUGUGCAUAGAGACAUAAAUCCUAGCAAUAUUUUGGUUACUGAUAGCUAUGGUUUCAAACUUGGAGACUUCGGAAGCUCGCUUAGACUAGAAGAAGCAAAAGCAUCGCCAGGGCCUGUGGUAUUGGGGAAUGUAGAAAAAUACACCCAUCCUGUGUAUAGACCUCCUGAUUUUGGCACUGAUUUUGAUUUGGGGAAAAUUGACGUCUGGGGAGUAGGGUGUACUCUUUAUUUUAUGAUUUUCAGAGAAAUGCCUUUUUCCACUGAAGAAACACUAAAAAGAGAAGUUUCUUUAUCAGUGCAGCUACAAGAGAUCUUAAACUUGUGCCUAGAGCCAAACCCUGCUGAAAGACCAGCACCUAGAGCAGUCCUCAGCAGACUCACAAAUUGAAAAAUCCCAUCUGGCUUAGAUCUAUCAAGCCCAAGCCCUGAAAAAAUCGAAUUUAAAAAACUGAGAAGCUCUAUCAGUUUCUGCUUAAAUAAGUCUUUAGAAGUCAGCGAUAAGUGCCCUGACCUUUAUUAUUUGCAUCAUGUCCUUUUAAGUGCUUGGAAUAAGCCUGAAACAGUAAUGAAAUUUUAUAGCCAGCUAAAAGACACCAAUAAAUCCUUGACUGUGACCUCAGUAAAACUUUUGAUACUUCUCCAUAGGUAUUUGAUUUCAGGACCUAGUGAAGUCCUUACUAUUGAGCCUGGGCCAAAGGCAAUUUUAGAAUCAUUACUUUUACUUUGGACAAAUAAGGAAAAAGACCCUAGUGACCAGUAUCACUGUGAUUAUUUUUGUGGGCUGGUUAGGCAGAUGUGUAGAGUGCUGCUUGAUAAACUGGAAAUUCAUCAGAAAACGUCGUCACUAGGCAACUGGAAAAUGACGCUGCAGCCUCAACAUUUGAGGGAUACUAUGGAAUAUUUGAGGAAAAUUGUGAGAAUAUGUGAUGGGCUGCUUAUUGGGGUUAAUAAUUUAAGCCAGUUAAUGAAUUUUCUGAUAAUGCAACUUGUAGAAGAAUGCCAGAGGCUAUCGAUGCUGAUGGAGACAACUUUUAAGCCGAUUGCAAGCCAAUGUCCGAAUGAGUACCGAUACUUCACAGAACUUUCUGCAAAAAUUUCAAAUCUUGCCUCAACUCAGGCUGAAAAAAGCCUUCAGCCUGCACCGUCUGAGAAUAAAGGAAAAUUCUACUCACAGCAAGGAAAAAUUUUGCUGACCCAUAAAAGUCCUUCACCGUUGCAUAGUCGAGGAGAAAUUAAGCCUUAGUUAGUUACUAAGACUUAUCGAGAAAUUUGCUGUAAUUAUAUAAGGACUAUCUAUGCCCCGGCAGUUAGGUAAGUCUCUUGGCCAUACCGCCAUUGAAAAUUCAAAAGGACUUUUCUGUAGACUCUCAGUCAAAAUGGAAAUCCAUAGACCCUGUACACCUUGUGCCUAAUACAGGAAUUAAAAGGUGGUAGCCACGUCAUUUUAAUAUACCGGAGAAGUCAAGCCAGUAAAGCCAAUGCAUAAUAUCCGAUACCAAUCACCUAUGAGAGACAACUUGCCUUCUCCUCAGCUAAAAGCUCCAUCAGAUGCCUUAAACGAACUUAUGGGCUUUGACGUGAAGCCGAAACCUGAAGAUUCCAACAUGCCCCCUAUGAUGCCUACUCCAACCUGGCAGGCUCCCAACCAAAAUAACAUCGUUGAAUCAAGGUGGCUCCUAACCCGUGACGACGUCCAACUCGGCAAAAUUCUAGGUUCUGGUGCCAGCUGCACCGUCUACAAAGGAAAAUACAAACGAACCCCAGUCGCUAUCAAAAUGAUGCGAGACACCUUCAUGGGCCAAUCCCUAAAAAAAGAAUUCGAGCGUGAAGUUACCGCAAUGAUGAGACUGAGACAUCCAAAUUUAGUAAUGUUCAUGGGAGCUUGUGCAGAGCCUCAAAUGAUCAUAGUCUCUGAGUUCUGUGGAGGCGAAACUCUAUUUAAGCUGCUUCACGAGAAGAAAAACAUUAUGUUGUCAUGAAAACAAAAGCUUAAAAUGAUGAAAGACGUGGCCAGAGGAAUGUUUUACCUUCAUGACAAUAACCCUCCUAUUUUGCAUAGAGACCUAAAAAGCUUGAAUUUGUUGCUGCUAGACGAAGUCGCCUCUCCUAAUGAUAAAAUCAUGGUAAAAAUAACAGACUUCGGGGUCGCAAGAGCAAUGGACGAGAGCGGGAAAAUGACGGGACAGAUGGGGACUUGCCACUGGAUGGCUCCAGAAGUGAUCAAUAAUCAGCCAUAUACGCUUGCAGCUGAUAUAUACUCGUUUGCAAUUGUCAUGUGGGAAAUUGUAGUCAGAGAAACUCCUUAUAGAGAUAUUAAUCCGGUGACUAUUCCUAUGAGAGUUGUCAAAGGGGAAAGGCCGAACCUGAGCGUGAUUCCUUCAACCUGUCCUGAUAUCGUCAAAGACAUUAUCAGAGCCUCCUGGGGGUUACUUCACACGACCCUAUUUCAUAACGACUAUUUUUUUGGCCUAUUUUUUUGGCCUAUUUUUGUUUGCCUAUUUUUUUUUUUGCCUAUUCUUUUUGGCCUAUUUGGCCUAUUUUUUUUCACCUAUUUUUUUUUGGCCUAAUUUUUUUUUCCUAUUCUUUUUGGCCUAUUUUUUUUGCCCAUUUUUUUUUUGCCUAUUUUUUUUGCCCAUUUUUUUUGCCUUUUUUUUGGCCUACUUGUUUUAGCCUAUAAUUUUUUCGACUAUAUUUUUUGCAUAGGCUCAUUCAUGAAGCUGCUGAGAGAACUACAAACCUUAUUGAGAAACGGAGACAUUUCCUUACGCGAUUAAUUAUGAGUAAAUUAAGAGGAAAAAAUCCAAUUAAAUCUAAAAUUCUCGAAAUUUAAAAAGCCAUGAAUAAGUAUUCAUCGAGUAAGAAAUCUGUUAAGGGUGCAUUUUUUGUUGGUUUAAUCGUUUAAAAUAAAUAAAAAAUUAUAUAAAAAUAAUUAGUAUAGAAUUAGGCCCAAAUACUAGUAAAAAAUUGCCAAAAAAAAGGCAAAAAAAAUAGGCCAAAAAAAUUUAGGCAAAAAAAAAUAGGCAAAAAAAAAUAGGCCAAAAAAAUAGGCCAAAAAAAUAGGGCCAAAAAAAUAGGCCAAAAAAAUAGGCCAAAAAAAUAGGCCAAAAAAAAAUAGGCCAAAAAAAAAUAAGCCCAAAAAAAAAAUAAGCCAAAAAAAAUAGACCAAAAAAAAUAAGCCAAAAAAAAAAUAGGUUAAAAAAAUAGUCGUUAUGGAAUAGUCGUCGUGUGAAGAUACGCCUCCUGGGACCCAAUUCCAUCAAAGAGACCUACCUUUGCGCAGAUUCUGGAUGCUCUGGAUUCCCUUGAUCCAGAUUUAUAG